GAUUCCGCAUGCUUGUUUGUAGAGCAUGUGGACAGUGAACAGUAAUUUUCUUUCUACAGUAUUUCCAUCGGCAAUUUUAAAUCAGUUGACAGCAAAAAGGAGUAAUUGAGGCAAUUAUUAGGGAAAACGAGCAACUGUUUAAAAAAUGGAAAACGACGAUAUUGUUUGGUCGAUUAUCAACAAAUCUUUCUGUUCUUACAAAGUCAACACAAAAACACAAAGGUUCUGCAGGAAUGAGUACAACCUUACUGGAUUGUGCAACCGUUCAUCUUGCCCUCUUGCCAACAGCCAGUAUGCAACAGUUAGAGAAGAAGAUGGAAAUUGCUUUCUUUAUAUGAAAACAGUAGAAAGGUCCGGAUUUCCUCGAAAUAUGUGGGAAAAAGUAAAGCUGUCUAAAAGUUUAGAAAAAGCUCUUAGACAGAUUAAUGAAUACCUAGUAUACUGGCCUGGGUUUCUUAAACAAAAGUGUAAACAGCGCUUGCUAAAAAUUUCUCAGUACCUCAUACGUAUGAGAAAAUUAAGGCUGAGAAGACAGAAGAAGCUGGUGCCUAUCCAAAGAAAACAAGAUAGACGUGAACGUCGCCGAGAAGAAAAAGCCCUAGUCGCUGCCCGUCUAGAUUCGGCUAUCGAAAAAGAACUUCUUGAACGUCUUAAACGGGGAACUUACGGUGACAUUUACAACUUCCCUCAAGUUGCUUUUAAUAGAGCUUUGGAAGAGGAGGAAGACGCGGAAGUGAAUAUGGAAGGCGAGGACUAUGGAGAAGAUGAAGAAAACGAAGGGGAAGAAGCAGAAGAGGAGAUUGAUGAGGAGCUAGAAAAAGAACUUGAAGAAGAAAGUGAAAAUGAAGAGGUGGAGUAUGUUGAAGCUGACAGUGAUCUUGAAGCAGAGUUAGAAAGUGAAUCCGAUGUCGAAGACAUUGAACCUAAAGAUAUAAAUGCCGUCAAAGAUAAUGCCAGGAGAAAACCAAGACUUGAAAUUGAAUACGAAACUGAAACUCUUUCUAAAAACCCGAAACGUACAGUGUAGUUUUGAACGUGACAAUACACUCAUGCUUGUA